UAAAAAAAAUACGUAGUAACCCUUCCCCUCAUUCGGAGAGAGAGUGGCAGCACUGCCUAAAAAAGCGCCAUAUUAGCUAACUCCCACAAACACCUGCCCUCUAUGACAUGAAUCAGGAAAAGAGGGCAGAAUAGACAGCGUCAUAGAAGCAUGUUGUCAGUAGGACUAUGCUGGUGCUCAGUAAGUAAACUUCUGAAUCUUUGUUCUACCCUUUUUCAAGACUCUUGUUUUUCCUCCUCUUUAUAUGUUAAGACUCUUGGUAAUAGUUCCUCUAACAAGGCUGUAGCUUUUUUGAUGGCUCAGAGAAGAGCCUUUUAUUUUUACUGUAUGUCUCCAAAGAUGUAGAAAAUAAGCACUGUGAAGUAACUCAAACAUAUGUAAGCAACUUAAUUAUACAUUUUUAAAAACUUUUUAACAAAAACUGUGAUAAGUGACUCGAUUCAUUUGGUUUUCUUAGAAGAUAAUCAAGCUUAUGUGAAUUAAAUUUUUCCUGUAAUUAAGCCUUUGCAGCUUGUCUGCCAGUUUCCCUUUAAAAGGAUUCUUUUCUGUCAGACCCACAAACAAGCGAGCCCAGAAGGAUCUAGUACUUGGUGAAAAUCUUUAACAACUGUCUCCUUUGACAGUUAGGCUGAAUUUUAUUGUUCUGUAUUGUCCCCUUUCUUUAAAGGGGAAAAGAGGUUAUUACUUUUGUAACUCGGUUUUUUUUCCUUCAUAAGACAGAACAACAACAAAUCUUAACUGGAAUAAAAUACCCUUUGAUUCUGGAGAGUAUUCAUUUAAAGACCUUUUUAAUUUCAUACUGUCCAAUUUUUCGUUCCUCAUUCACUAAUGUUAUGUCAUUUUAUAUCUCAGGAGAAAAAUGUCUUAAAUGUGCCCACUAUUCUUAAAGCCUGCCUCACAGUGGCCUGUCAGUGAUAGGUGUGCCUCCAGACCCUGAAUUCCUUCCUGCUUGACCCCAGAAAAUGAUGAAAGGGUCAAGAAAGUCUAACAGACAAAUGGACUUCUCACUGGGCAGAAAGGGGGCAGGGGUAAGGUGGGACUUUGUGUCUAAUACUGCUUUCUGAUUGAUCCCUUCACAGGGCUAAGGGCAUAGCCACCUGUCCAAAACUGAAUAGGGUAAUAGAUAUGUGUAUACUUAUAUUCUCCAACAAAGAACAGGAAGCCUCGGGUAUUUGGUGCAUAUAAUGAAGGCCAUGUGUAUUUUGCAGCAAGUUUAACCUAAUUUCACAGCAAGACCCAUGGUUUCUGUGGCGCUAUAGUGCUAACUUCUGUAGUGAACUCAAAAUUCUGCAGCAGCAUCUGGAAAAUGUAGAAGUUACAGAGAAGCACAGUAGCUGGAUCUUUCUAAUACACUUAGUGGUAGUGAAUAAUUAAAUUUCUGCAUUACAUUCCAGAGUCAACAUCCAGUUAAGAUCAGCUUCUAUUCAGAUCAUAUUUGAAAGGUUAUCUUCACAGUCAUGAUGAUUAGAGACUUGUUUUUUGAAAAUUAAAAGAUUGGAAUCUCCUGCACUCUUCUGUACAGAGAGUAAUUCUGUAGGAACUCAGGCAGUUUCAGAAUUGCAGAAUACACAGAGCCAUAUUUAUAUAACACAAGUACCCUCAACAGUAUCUAAUGACAAACACCCUUUUGGGAUGUCUUCUCCCCACUGACAAGCACACCCAAGAGUACCAUGUGUUUGCCUAAAAAUGCAAACCACUUUUCCCACCCCUACCAGUUCAUUAUGAUUGUCAAUCUGUACUGAUAAGAAACUCAGAACCAAAUUAGCAGGGGCUGUUGCAUGUGGACCCAGAGGACAUCUGAUAUAAUCCCCCGUCCUUCCACACACAAUCACUUGUGGCUCUGAAAACCAUGUGGUGUAACCUUCGCUGUCCUGUCUCUUACAGAUCAAUAGACUAUUGCUAAAGCUGCGAGUUUGUCACAGAAGUCAUGGCUUCGUGACUUUCCGUGACUUUCCAUGACUUCUGCAGCAGCCGGUGUGGCUGGCUCCGGAGCUGCGUGAGCAGCUCAGGUAGCCUUUGGGCCCAUCGCACUGUCUACUGCUGGGGCAGUCUUCGGCCACCGCUCCUCCUACCCAACAGCAGAAGGAGGAGUUUGAGUCGGGGAGGUGGAAUAUGUGAAGCAUGGAGCCCUUGGAGCUGGGUAGUGCUGGUGUACUUCAUGAACAAAACUCCAUUCAUGUCCCGACAGCAAAGGCACUGACCAAUCCCUGCCUUUCUUCUUAAAGGAAAGCCCAGAAAGUACAUUCUGUUGAAGAAUCUCCAUUUGAAAGGGACACAGAACAAGAGCACAGCCACUUAUCUUAACAGUCAUGGAGGCCACUGGUAACAGCCAGGAGGAGAUAUUGACCUCCAGAAAUGAAACAGCAGCAGACAAACCCUCUCUGCUAAACAAUGCUGUCCGAAACCAUUCAAUAGAUACAGUCCGGCAGCUGUUGAAAGAAGGAGCAGAUGUUAAUUCCAAGGUAGAAGGUGGCUGGACACCUCUGCACAGCGCUGUACAGGCUGAUCAGGAAGAGAUUGUUGAUCUUCUGCUGGAGAAAGGUGCUGAUCCGUGUGCUAGGAAGAAAAAUGGUGCCACUCCCUUUGUUGUCGCAGGGAUAGUGGGAAAUGUGCGACUUUUAGAGCUCUUCCUUUCUAAGGGGUCAGAAAUCAAUGAGUAUGAUGACAAUGGUUUCACAGCUUUUAUGGAGGCUGCUGGCUAUGGGAAUGAGGAUGCCUUAAGAUUCUUAUACAAUAAUGGGGCAGAUGUGAAUUUGAGGAGGGUAGUUAACGAGGAGAAAAGGACACUGAAUAAAGGGGGGGCAACAGCCCUGAUGGAUGCUGCCAGGGAGGGCCACUUCUCAGUUGUAAACAUUCUUGUCAGUGAGAUGAAGGCUGACAUGAACAUCUGUGACAACCAGGACAGGAAUGCUUUAAUCUAUGCCUUCCUUCCAAGUGAUAACAAGACAGCGGAGUCAAUUCUCCCAAUAGUUCAUUUCCUGCUGGAUUGUGGUGUUGAUGUGAACAGAAGAGAUGAACAUGGGAAAACUACCCUCAUCCUGGCAGUCGAGAUGCGAAGUCUGGAUUUGGUGAAAGCUUUAUUGGAGAAGAAUGAAGUUGACAUCAAUGAUGCUGACAGAGAGGGCAAAACAGCACUGAUGAUAGCUGUAGAGAAAAACUAUUAUGAAAUAGCAAAGCUACUGUGUGAAAGGGGGGCAAGGACUGACCUUGGGGACCUUAUUGGGAUUGUCAAUAGGAAAUACAAUAAGAAAAUGGCAGAUCUUCUUCGCCAGUAUGGCGCCAAGGCUGGUCCAAGUCAACCUCAAGAUUGGGAACCCACCAGCAAACGCUGGGGAGAGCAGCUGAAAGUUCUCUACAACAUGUAUCGUCCUAUGACUGGAAAACUUAAAAUCCUCCAACAUAACGAUUUCAGGAUUCAGAGAACCUCCCAAGGGGGCAUCUACCUGGGACUCUAUGAUGGGAAAGAGGUGGCUGUGAAGAUAUUCUGCAUUGGCACAGAAAUUGCUAAACAAGAGAAAAUGUGCCUUGAACAAUGUCUGACCAGCAACCAUUUAGUAAAGCUUUUUGGUGCUGAAGAAAAGAAACCCUGCCUGUACUUGUGCCUCUCGCUCUGUGAGAAGAACCUUGAAGAACACCUGAGUGCAUCAGAGAAUGAAGUGAAUUGCAAGGGUGUUCUUAAGACACUCUUUGAGGCAGUUCAAGAACUACACAUGUUUGGAUUUGGCCAUCAGGAUCUACACCCACGUAACAUUUUGAUAGAUGCUGCUGGUAAAGUUCGCUUAGCAGAUUUUGAUAAGAGCAAAAGAUUGAGUGAAGGACAGAAGGAUGAUGUUAUAAUCAAAGAUCUGAAGGCGCUCAGCAGGCUGGUCCUGUAUGUUGUAACAGUGGGCAAGGUCCCCUUUGAGGAAAAUGAUAGAGGUGAUUUGGAUGAAAGUUGUCCAGAGGACGUGCAGGACUAUGUGGAGAUAGCAGACCUUAGGAAAAGUCUGGUCUCUCCUGGUGAAGGAAGCCCAGUUGAGAACCUGCUGAGAGACUUGAUCCAACAUCCCUUUUUCUGGAGCAAGCAGAUCAGGUACAGGUUCCUGAGAGACGUUGGGAAUGAGAGCGAUAUCAAAACACGCAACACCAAGCAUCACAACAACAAGAGUGAGAUUCUGAAAGCUUUGAAUUGUGAUGGGCACCCUCUGCAGCAGUGGACUGAGCAGAUUGACAGAUUGGUUCUGGAUAGCAUGCUCAAACCCUUCAACAACAAGAACCAGAACAAGAACAAGAAGAAACAGUAUGAAAACUAUGUCACGGACCUACUGAAGUUCAUCAGGAACAUGGGCGAGCACUUUGAUGAGAAGGAUGAAAAGGUCAAGGAAAUAAUCAAGGAGCCCUCGGAGUAUUUCGUGAACCUGUUUCCAGAACUGACAGUUUAUGUCUACAAAUGUUUAUGCAGCAUACAGCAUCAUAGACAUUUUCCAAGCCCUGAGAGUCUUUCUCAGGUGUAGCAAGUUCAGAGUGGAGGAGGAACCCUGACAGCUCCUAUGGGUGGGGUACUUGGAGCUUGGUUCGGGUUCCUAUCAGUAGGCUUCACUGGGCUUGGGUUUUAGUGGAUAGGGCUCCCUGGGCUAGGGGUAGGUUGCAAAUGGUACGAUUUUUCAGGAUAGGGUUAGGGUUCCAGUGGUUAGUGCUCCCCUGGGUAGGGUUAUGAUUUCAAAUGGCAGGACUUGUCAGAAUAGAAAGUUAUAAGGGGUUAGAGGUCUGUGCACAAGAGUCUUGUUCCAGAGAACAGUGCUCCCCAAACUAGGGUUCCAAACAGUAGGACGUGUUGGGAUAGGGAUUGGGUUCCCGAGGUGGUGCUCUCAGGGCUAGGGUUAGCAGUGGUGCAAGUAGAAUCCAUUUCUUACCAGUAUGGGAGAGGGGGCACCAGCUAAGGGGGGACACAUGACCUUCCCACAUGACCCUCCAUGUCACUGCUCCCCACCCCACCCCCAGCCUGGGUCCCCUAUGCUCUCCCCGUCCCCUCCC